CAAACAAAUCACACAUUUAGAUAUAGAUAUCAAUUGAAAUUUUUUUUAGUAAUAGUAAAAUAUAAAACAAUAGUUAUUAUUAUUAUCAUCAUCAAAAAAAACUAUGAAAUUUUUAAUUAUCACAUUACUAUUGGCAACAAUUGCCACCGCUAUCGUUGUCAAUGGUAAACGUGUCGGUAAUCAUCGUAAUGAUGACUACGAGUCGGACCGGGAACAGGAAGAUCAGGAUCAGGACUAUCGGCCAAACCGUCGACAACACCGACAACACCAACAACAACAACAACAACAACCUAAUGGAAAUCCGUUUGAUUUUUUUGGUAAUUUACUUACAGGUCCGAUGAAAAUGUUUGGCAAUUUUCUAGAGGGUGGUUUGAAUACAGUGGGCAAUGUUAUGGAACAGGGAACCGGUAUGGUUAGCGGACUGGCCAAAGCUGGCAUGAAUAUGGGCAGCAAAGCUAUGGGUGCGGCCACCAAAUUGCCAAUGGAUUUGGCCAAACAUGGUAUGGGUGCGGCUACCGAUCUAGUGGGCAAUGUUGUUGAACAGGGAGUCGGUAUGGGUAUGGGUAUGGCCAAACAAGGCAUGGAAGUACCGAAAAAAUUCAUGAAUAUGGGAAUGGGUAUGGCCAAACAGGGCAUGGAUAUGGGCAUGGGUAUGGCCAAACAGGGCAUGGAAGUACCGAAAAAAGCUAUCAAUAUGGGAAUGGGUGUGGCCAAACAGGGCGUUGGUAUGGGCUUAGGUAUGGCCAAACAGGGCAUGGGUAUGGCCAAACAGGGUAUGAAUUUACCAACACAAGUGGUCUCAGGUGUAAUGGAUAGCGCCACUGGUCUAGUAAAUGGUGUAUUAGGUGGUGGUGCCGGUGCUGGCGGUAAUAGACGACAACAACAGAGAGGGAGAGGCAAUGGCCAGAGACGACAGUCCCGUCCUCAACAAAACCAGGACAAUGAGGAGCAGGAAAAUUGAUUGCAAAAAAAAUAUUUCCUAUAAAAACGAUUUUUUACUGUAAAUUUCUAAGUAAAUAAAAAAUUUAAAAAAAAAUCAU